AUGUGGUUGUGCCGCAGGAGACGUAUUUUCCUGAAAACAAAGUCACAGGCCACUUGUCCCAAGAAUCGUCGAGUUGGUCGAUGUAAGGUUGUCAGGCGUCUUGCCUUGGUUCUUGCGUCAUCUACGUCGCCGCGGCCGUGGUCGUCUGUACACGUUGCCAGGGGCCCACGCCCAGCUGUUAGGCCGAGGCGACGCUCGGACUGGUCGAGCCCACCGCUCCACUAG